GUAAAUGUGAGCAGCUCCUCGGGUCAUCCUGCAAGUCGGAUGACCGCUGACAGCUCCGCUAAACCUGUACAGGGACAGAGGAGCGGGAGCACACCGGGAUCAUAAAACCGUCCCUCUAUUUUUUCUCUUCCAUACGAGCGCGCUUUGAACAGAAAUAUAAUACGAGUAUGGUGGCUGUUUGAUAAAGACAAAGAUGGCACAGAAAGAUACGCUGCUACAUCUGUUUGCUGGGGGAUGUAGUGGUACGGUGGGAGCCAUCGUGACCUGCCCCCUGGAGGUGCUGAAGACACGAUUGCAGUCCUCUGGCCUCACCCUCAGACCCGUCUUCCAGGUCCAGCUGGGCACCCUAAGUGGCGCCGGGGUUAUCAGACCAGGAACUGUUACACCGGGGCUGCUCCAGGUCCUACGGUCAAUCCUAGAAAAAGAGGGACCAAGAUCACUCUUCCGUGGGCUGGGGCCAAACCUUGUUGGCGUGGCCCCCUCAAGAGCCAUUUACUUUGCUGCAUACUCGAAAGCUAAAGAGAUGUUCAAUGGCCUGUUCGUUCCUAAUAGUGGAGUGGUGCACAUGUCCUCUGCUGGCAUUGCAGCUUUCGUUACAAACUCCUUGAUGAACCCCAUUUGGAUGGUCAAGACCAGGAUGCAGCUUGAGAAAAAAGCCAGAGGAGAGAAGAAGAUGAAUGCGCUGCAGUGUGCCCGCUAUGUUUACAAAACGGAAGGGAUUCGGGGCUUCUACCGAGGCCUGACUGCAUCUUAUGCUGGCAUCUCGGAGACCAUGAUCUGCUUCCUAAUCUACGAGACACUGAAGAAAAACCUCGCCAAGAGCCAAUUUGCCUCAUCGAAUAGUGAAAUGGAGAAAGGAGCAUCAGACUUCUUCAGUCUGAUGCUGGCAGCUGCUUUUUCAAAGGGUUGUGCGUCCUGCAUAGCUUACCCACACGAGGUCAUUCGGACAAGGCUGCGUGAGGAAGGCAGCAAGUACAAGUAUUUCUUCCAGACAGGGAGGUUAAUAGCAGUGGAGGAAGGCUACGCAGCUUUUUAUAGAGGACUCAUUCCACAGCUAAUUAGACAAAUCCCAAACACAGCGAUCGUCCUCUCCACAUAUGAACUCAUUGUCCAUCUGCUGGGAGACUCCAAGUGAAGACAGUGAGGACUUUCCUGACAAGCAAUGGAUGCCGCAGGAAACCCAAGGGCACGGCAGUGAAACACAAGAGACAUUUGAAAGUGCAGCACAUAAGUUUUUAGUGUGGUGCUACAGAGACUUUAUGGUGGGACUGAAGCAGGUUGUACUGUUAUCCAAAGAGCUAAACACAUUAUUUUAUUGAAAGCUUAUCAUUAGGAGUUUAUCAAAAUAACUCAAGAAGUUGUGGUACUUUUAUAAAAACUCCAAACCUGUGAAAAAGGUCAUCUUCUUAGAGGACUAGUGCUAAGUUAACUAAAUUAUUUCAUGUUUUUGUUAUUUUAUGUAAGUGUUUGUUUCCUUUUAUCAGUGGUACAUGUAACAACACACACAACUGUGCAGGUUGACCCAUUUAGUUGAUGAUAAGUAAUUCAGAUCAAGUGCUAGUAAUAGGUAAUAGUACUGCUCCACAUGACCACACAAUUCAUUUUGAGAUUUAUAUUUGACAAAUUAAUGUGCAGGUUUGGAAGUUUGAAUUACAAAGAGAUUUAUCAUAUUUUUCAUUAAUAUAUAUAUAUCUACAUAUAUAUAUAUAUAUAUAUAUUUACAGGGUUGUCUGUAUGUUUUGUUUUUGGGGGUUUUUUUUGUGAAAAAGACACCUUUUUGAAUACAAUGAGGACUCGAAUGUUGAUUUGACCAGUAGCUAUGCAUCAAGAAACUACAUUAGUUGGUGGUUGAUCCUAAUGCUGACAGUAUGAUUCUGUUAUUACAAAGACCUUUAUCGUAUUGUCAGCAUAUGCGAGAGCUGGAUUGUUGCACCGUAGCAAUUUCUGUAACAAUAACUGACAGAUUAUGUGAAGGGACUAGUUGGCUGGUUCUUAAGUGCAAAUAUUCUGAUGAGUUCAUUUAAUCAGGAAUUUGUAUCUACUGAUGGAAAAAUUGUCUUCAGUUAGAGCUCUCUUUAAAGAGAAUAAGUUAGUUUCACUUUUGGGACUUCAAAUUUUUCCAGUGUCAGCAUAUCCCUAACAUGUACAGUAAAGGCUCUCCUUUGCUUUCACACAAGAUACGACUGAACAUCAACAUGUUUUCUAAUCACAUACUGCAAGUUGCUGAGAAUGUUACUUUUUUUUCCCAGAAAUGCCUGCUUGACCUACAGUAAUGCUGACCUUGAAAUAAGUCUUUCACACUGAAUUCUUCACAUAUCAUGCCCAUAAAAAGCAUUCACCCACUUGGAUUUUUCCAUGCAUUAUUAUUUUACAACACUGAAACACAGUGAAAUCAAGCAUAGGCCCAAGCAUAAGCAGUAUUUAAUUGUAUAGGCAUCAGCAACUUACAUCCUUUGUGUGUAUAGGUCUGUAUUACCGGUAAGUUGACACAUGUAGACACUGCGUUUUGUCCCCACUCUUUGUACAAAUAACUAUGGCCUCUAAAGUUAUACGGAGACCCAGAGUCAAUCAUUUAUAAAGCCCACCACUGGACUGAGAUCUUAACUCUAGUUUGGAAGUUUUCGAGCCUCUGUAGCUUGCAUGAAGAAUAAAUCUCAAGUUGCGGUUCUGUUUACGACUGCAGCAGGUUUUCAGGA